AUGGGCGCGCAGCCGCCGAACUUCUCGUGGGUGCUUCCGGGCCGGCUGGCGGGGCUGGCGCUGCCGCGGCUCCCCGCGCACUACCAGUUCCUGCUGGACCAGGGCGUGCGGCACCUAGUGUCCCUGACGGAGCGCGGGCCCCCGCACGGCGACAGCUGCCCCGGCCUCACGCUGCACCGGCUGCGCAUCCCGGACUUCUGCCCGCCGGCCCCCGAGCAGAUCGACAGCUUCGUGCGCAUCGUGGACGAAGCCAACGCGCGCGGCGAGGCCGUGGGGGUGCACUGCGCCCUGGGCUUCGGCCGCACCGGCACCAUGCUUGCCUGCUACCUGGUGAAGGAGCGGGGUCUGGCCGCGGGGGAUGCCAUCGCUGAAAUCCGGCGCCUCCGACCUGGCUCCAUCGAGACCUACGAGCAGGAGAAAGCCGUCUUCCAGUUCUACCAGCGGACUAAGUGAAGGGCCUCAGCUCCAGUCUGCGCCCCAGGCCCUGACCCCCGUGUUCAGGAGGCGGAGACGCGGACAGGCCCUUGAAGCGCUCAGCCCUGCUGCUCCCGCUGGCCGGGGAGACUGGGAGACCGCGCGGCUGUUCCCUGCAGGCAGGUCCUGACCAAAGAGACAGGGGCAGCAGCACUGGGGGACAGGGGGGCUCCCUCCGCUGCUUCCCUGAAUAAAUAACUUCUGAGAACCAGCCCACAGUGCACGGCACCCGCAGCUUGCCGAGCCUCCCGGGAGCCCUGUGACCUGGGGAUGCCAUCAGGGCCCUCCCUGUCCUGUGGGGGAGGUAGCUAAGCCUCGAGGCCACGCUUCUAGAAAGCGGAAGGGUUGUCAGGCCCUCUGCCUCUGAAAGGUGCUGAGACUCUGUUCUCUGAUGAUCUUUGAUGUGUCUCCAGGGGAGCUGACCAAUGAAAAGGGCACAAAUUCCCAGCAGCCCCAGGUCUCUGAUGCCCACAGACCAGGAGAGCCCCUGCGGAUUCAAACCCUCCCCUCCCAGUCAAGGCCCCUCUGCCCCCUUGUGUGGCAUCUGUUAGCCCUCUCGAGACCGAGAAGGCCUGGUGCUCAUAGGGAACCUCCAUCUCCAGCUCCCAAGGGCUGGGCGCCCCUCACAAGCCGUGGGCUGCUGCACCCAAGCGAGCAGCGGCCCGUUAUGCCGCCCCACACCUCACACUGAGCGAGGCUGGAACUGAGCCAGCCGGGGUGCUUGUGCCGAGAGGAUAUUUGGUGGGUGAAUGAAGACACUGAGGGCCACAACUCUUGGCCGUGGUUCAGCUGUUGCCUUCACUCCCAGCUGGGCCCCACCCUAGCAGCCCUGGCACCACGCUUUGGGCUUUGAGAGACGGGAUGGGUGGGGCAGACCAGCUGGACAGACUCUCUUUGCGGUAACCUCGGCCUGCUCCGUGGCAGGCGGGCUGGACAAGGUAGUGCCCAUCUGUGUGCACCGGGCUUUGUUAGGUGUGGAGGCUUCCCAGCCCAGCGCGAUGACUCACAGCCUCCUGGAGGAGAUGGCGCAGACCAGGUCCAGCCCCAGACGGUGGCACUGUGAGAGAUGUGCGUCCCAGAGGCAGGGGAGACAGAGCGGGAGGAGGCCAGGGUCCCCCGAGGCCCCCAUCCUGGGUCGCCUAGGCCAGAGGCAGGUCUAAGGCACCUGCUCCUGAUGCAUCUCUCUCCUUUGCACCAUUGCCCGUCCAGCUCAGCGCCCGUCCAACACACACAGUAUCGUAUUGGCCAGAGUCUCCCCCUAUGUCUCUGGGAGGGGGAAACAGGCUGUAAGAUGCCUCCCCCUUUCUUCCGAGGUGUGCCAGAGCUAGGGACUCAGUUGGCCAUCCUAUUCCCUCCGUCCCCACCCAGCCCAGCCAGGUUGGGGGGUGUGGGGAGCCCCCAAUUCCAGGCACACAGGCUGCCACAGAGACGUGGGAAGCAGCACAGAGAUGUACUGCACAGAGAGGUACUGAAGUCCCCCCAUCCUACCUACGGCUUCCCGGAAGCCUCCCACAGCCCCUUCCAAAGGGGAGCGCGCACGUGUGUGUGUGUGUGUGUGUGUGUGUUCAAGUGAAGGCAGGAAGCAUGCGGAUGGCCCACUUCCUGGAUGCCUUCCCUCCGCCUACCAGGAUGGAAACCAGAGGCCAGAGGCUUGACGCUGCACCGAGUUCCCCUCAGCUCUGCUGUUGCCCCAGCACGUGGGACAACCAGGCCUCGCACUCAGUGCCCUCCCGAGCUCCCUAGCUCCAUCCGCCCCACAUCUCUGCACUGCAGGAGAGGAACCUGCCCUUCCCUUCCUCCCAAGGCUCCUUCAAAGGAGACAGAACAUUUUUCUAACCCCAUUAGAGCCCUGUGUGCAGCCUCCGUCCCCAUAAUUUAAGCAGAUCUCCGCUGCCUCAAGAGUUCCUCCGGGAAAUAAACAUAUAAUUAUGUGCUUAA